GCUGAGGCUGCGGGAUGCAUCAGUUGCGACUGCGAACUCUCAACGUGUGGAGUGGAAUCGGUUCUAUUUCUGGCUCCUGCCCAAACACCAACCAAACAACAACAACCCGCGCAAAGAUGAACUUCACGAAAUUGUUCAUUCUGGUGGCGAUUGCGGUGCUGGUGAUCGUUGGUGUACAGCCCGCGGACGGUGCGCCCCGUUGGAAGUUCGGCAAGCGGUUGGAAAAGCUUGGACGUAAUGUGUUCCGGGCGGCUAAGAAAGCGCUGCCAGUCAUUGCCGGCUACAAAGCCCUUGGCUAGAUGAGACUGACCUUCGACGCCUCUCCCCAUCGCGAGCGAUAAUGAAUUACACGACGCACACAGACGCAUCCACUUUUAAUGGCAUCCAUUAUGAAAUGUUUCACUGAUCAACUAGCAAACGGUGAAUUUAUCACGUAAGACUGAGGGUCAACUAUAUUCGGUUAGAUAGUAAUAGGUGGCUUUAACGGCUGUACUUACGCAUUGAUUUGCUGUCACGGUCUACUGCUUUUACAGUAUUGUUUAUUUUUUGUAUACCCGAGUUCCAAUAAACUGAAUAAUGUCUACAUAGAUUUCACAUCA